UAUUUUUAAAUUCUUGAUUUAAAUGGAUUUAUUUUGGAUGAUGGAAAUGUAUAUUCAAAGGAAGUAAGAGGUUAAUCAUCCCAGGAAAUAACAAAAUGAGAAUGAAGGGGAACAUCUGACUUAGGCUUCAAAUUUAUUUUGCUACUGCUUUAGGAAUAUCAGAUGCAUUUAUAUUAAUUACAAUUACAUGAUACAUGUCAAAGUUAUCACCUGUCCUUUUGGAUCACUUUUGUUAAUGCAGAUGAAUAUACAAUUUGUUUAAAGAAAAAAAUGUAUUAUAUGAUUAGUUUUAGUCAUCUGUAGGUUCAGUUAAGUUUCAAUGUAAUUUUAAAGUUUUUUUUUUUUUUUUUUUUUUUACAGUAAUCCUAAAUCGGAGAGUCAGAGAGUAAAUAAAAAAGUCAACAAUGAUGCCUCACUUCGAAUUCAUAAUCUUUCCAUUUUGGUGAGACAGAUAAAAUUAUAUUACCAGGACACUUUACAGCAAUUGAUCAUGAUGUCAUUGCCAAAUGUCUUAAUCAUUGGCAAAAAUCCCUUUUCUGAACAAGGCACAGAAGAAGUUAAAAAGCUGCUUUUACUUUUACUCGGUUGUGCAGUUCAGUGUCAGAAAAAAGAAGAAUUUAUUGAAAGAAUUCAAGGUUUAAAUUUUGAUACAAAAGCAGCAGUUGCCGCUCAUAUUCAAGAGGUAACCCAUAACCAGGAAAAUGUGUUUGAUCUGCAAUGGAUGGAAGUGACUGAUAUGUCUCAGGAGGACAUAGAACCACUCUUGAAAAAUAUGGCAUCGCAUCUAAAAAGACUUAUAGAUGAAAGAGAUGAGCAUUCAGAGACUAUCGUAGAGCUCUCUGAAGAACGGGAUGGUCUUCAUUUUCUACCCCAUGCCUCUUCAUCUGCACAGUCACCCUGUGGUUCUCCAGGCAUGAAGCGAACAGAAAGUCGACAGCAUCUGUCAGUAGAACUAGCAGAUGCUAAGGCCAAGAUAAGAAGGCUUAGACAAGAACUGUAAGUUGCUGAUUUUCAAGGUUCACUGAAUUUAUAUGGUCUCAAAGGUGACCUAAACAAUAUUAUUGGGCUUAGAGAAUAUAGAUCAGUGUGUCUCCAUUGCUAGCCUAUGUCAAAGUUUUUACUAGUAUUUGUCAAAAAUAAGGAGACUGGCAUACAUUUUCCUAAUGUUAAAUCUUAUCAAUUUAAAUGAUGUCCUUUAUUCUGGAUUUAUGUCUUUUCUAUCUUUCUAAUGUUAAAAUGUCCUUUCUUUUAUAAAAUAGCGUCCCUUCCUGGGCAAAUUGGGGCCUCCUUAAUUUUUUAAUUUUUAUAUUCUUGAAAU